AUGCCUACCAGCCCUGGCCCUGCUCCUUUUGUGCAUCCAAGUGAAAUUGUUUUCCAGGUCGGAGAAUGUCCAAAAACGGAGACAUUUUGCGUGCUCAACCCAUUCCCUCAUGACAUCAUUUUCAAAGUUGACAACCCAUACCCAAAUAUUUGCUUCUUAUCCCUACAGCAAGGCCUUCUCCGUAGCUCAAACAAGGUGUAUAUAGAGCUCACAUGCACAUCUGCAGCAUCUCCAUUUGAAGGGUCACUGCAAGUGAGGUUUUUCAAGUGCUCAAGAACGAGACACAGCCAGCGACCUCAUGUGCAGCAGUAUAUCGGUUUUCGUGAGAUCAAACUUGUGGUCUUAUCCAGUGGAAAUGAAAAAGAGAGAUCCGCCACUGGUUUUCCAGAAUGUUCCGCAGGCAGCAGUAGUGGCAGCAUCCCUGGUAGCAAAAGUGUGGGCUUCAGUAACUCAGGAAAAAGAUUUCAGAUUGUAUCCAGUCUAGCAUUAGUGUUUCUCUUCCUGCUCUCUGGUUUUGUCUGUAACCAAAUUAAUGAGACCUGGUUCGCCACUAACAUCGGAGCAGUCACACCUCACACAUGUGCUGUUGUCUGUUACACAUUAGCCUUUGUGUUGCUGGUACGAAUACUGACGUUAAGAUGA